ACACGCACGCACACGCACGCGCGCCGAGAGAGAAUAAACCAGCUCUCGAGAUUUGGUUGUAACCAGCGGAUGCAUGUGUUCCCGUGGCAGCCGUGGAGCCUCAGUCAGUCCGUGCCACAAUGACCGAACCAUUGUCUCGCGUCGCUGUAACGGAAUGGGCCCGCGGGAAUUUUGGCACCGGUUUUACGCAGCAGACCACAUAAUUUAAUCGACGUUCCUCGGCCGCACACACACACACACACAUGGACAAAGAAUUGCUCCUCUCGUAUCUCGCAGUGAUGCUUUGAGACGCAACACAAGCGCAUCAGUCAAACACCCUGCGAAGGAAGAAGUGGAACGCAACCAACGGUGGGAUUCAAGUUUGGACCUGGCCAAGUCCAAAACGACCUCUCCCUUCCUCCAAACAGGAUCAUCUUACGUCUUAAAGCAUCUUCACAGGCUCGCAUAGCGAAUGUGUGAUGUGGAGCCAGUACAGUAAAAGAGUCUGUGAGCAGGUGAGAGAGGGACACUGUCUGCCCCACUGUCCAGCAACACCAUGAGCUGGAGCUUCCUCACGCGGCUGCUGGAGGAGAUCCACAACCACUCCACCUUCGUGGGGAAGCUGUGGCUCACCGUGCUCAUUGUCUUCCGCAUUGUUCUCACCGCAGUCGGCGGAGAAUCCAUCUACUAUGACGAACAGAGCAAGUUUGUCUGCAACUCGGGCCAACCUGGCUGCGAGAACGUCUGUUACGAUGCCUUCGCCCCUCUCUCUCACGUACGGUUCUGGGUCUUCCAGAUCAUCUUGGUGGCGAUGCCCUCUCUCAUGUACAUGGGCUACGCCGUCAAUAGGAUUGCACGAUUAGAUGAAGCUAAAGGAGGUGGGGGAUCUGUUGCAGUCAGAACACGAGGAGGGGAUUACACACACAGGAAGCCAAGGAAAAUCUGCUUUGGCGCACAGCAGCACCGAGGCAUCGAGGAGGCCGAGGACGACCAGGAGGAUGAUCCCAUGAUCUAUGAGGUACCAGAUAUUGAACCUAAAAGGCCUCGGGAUCCACUGCAACCUACGCCCAGACCCAAAAUUCGCCAUGACGGGCGCAAGCGCAUUCGAGACGAGGGGUUGAUGCGGGUCUACGUUUUGCAGCUGGUAUCUCGUACAGUUCUAGAAGCGGGCUUCCUUGCAGGACAGUACUUGCUGUAUGGAUUCCGUGUGAGGCCAGUGUUCGUGUGCUCGGGGGAGCCUUGUCCUCACAGUGUUGACUGCUUUGUGUCGCGGCCUACAGAGAAGACCAUCUUCCUGCGCAUCAUGUAUGGCGUCACUGUCCUCUGUCUCAUACUCAAUGUUUGGGAGAUGUUACAUCUGGGGAUCGGUUCCAUCUGUGACAUCCUUCGCCGGCGGCGCAGCCCACCUCAGGAGGACGAGUACCAGCUGGGUUUGCUGAGCAACAACAGCGGUGUGGAGGGCUCCGUAGGGGGAGCAGGACCCGAGGCUGGUUCUGAGGGAGGGGUGGGUGGAGAUAGUACCGCUGAUUACGUGGGUUACCCCUUCUCGUGGAACACUCCAUCAGCUCCACCUGGCUAUAACAUUGUCGUCAAACCUGAGCAGAUUCCCUACACGGACCUUAGCAACGCUAAAAUGGCGUGCAAGCAAAACAGGGCAAACAUUGCUCAGGAGGAGCAGCAGCAGUUCGGUAGCAAUGAGGACAACUUUCCCACCGGAGGGGACGCCCGUGUGGCUCUCAACAAAGACAUGAUCCAGCAAGCUCAUGAGCAAUUGGAAGCGGCCAUCCAGGCCUACAGUCAGCAGCACCAAGUGGAGGAGCAGCUCGGGGACAACCAGGACGACAAGCCCCAGAGCAACAUCAUCCAGGCCCAACCUCAUCCGCAGUCACAGCCUCAGAAAGAGCGCAAGCAUAAAGUCAAGCACGGGAAAGGAGGCAGCAGCGGAGGUGGCAGCAGCAGCAACAGCAGCAGCAAAUCAGGAGAGGGAAAGCCCUCUGUAUGGAUUUAAGCCCAGAGACGGGGACAUGUGUUGAAACUGUAUGUAUAGAUCUUCAAGAUUAGAUGAUGAGCUGUUGCAAUCAAGGUUGGAUAUUUAAACACCACUAUGCCUUAAAGAAUCCUGCAAGCUGGAGAAGUUGUGUUUAGGUACAAAGGUGUGUAAAAAAAAAAACAGUGAUGUUGCAGCUGACGAUUCAGUUUUGUCUGGGCUAUCACUUUUUAACUUGAAACCUCACACCAACACGUACUGUAUUAGGCCAGAGUCUGUCGUUUACAUGUCGCCUGAAGUCGUCGAGCAGAUUAUUGACCUCUGUUGUCAUCCCGUCCAUCUUUUUAUUGGAAUACUGACUUCUCUUGCAAAUCAGAUUCGUCCUUGAUUUGGCGUAGCUAAUUUUAUUUCCACUCCUCUGCAAAGAAAUGGAAUCAAUGAAUGACUGCGUUGCAUCGUGAGUUAUAGGACAUGAAAAUAUAGUGGCAUCAAAAAAAAGGAGGCAGUAUUGUGCCCUGGCAGGCAAAAAGAAAUGACUUCUUAUGAUAUAAAAGAACAUUACAACAUAAAAAUGCAAUGCUCGAAGUAUUAUUCAGUGGCAGCACCUAAAGCAAGGACUUUAAAUGCAGCAAGAACAUCACCUUCCUGAGGGCUAAGUCAGUCGCGUUCUGUGUCAGAAUUUUCCUCCAGUGUUGAUCGCAGUGUCGUAUUACUGAGGCUCUGCAUUUGAAAGUGUUUCUUUAUGUUUUCUGAAUGUUUUUUGAAAACUGUGCAACGCCAGCUGCUACUCAGGAACCUCUGGGAAGAGCGGGUGGAUUUUUUUUUUUUUUUUUUUACUUGUCAACAUCAGAAAUGUUCUUUAAGUUAUCAUUAUUUUUUAAAAGGGCACAUGAGAAAAUGCAGUUUUUAUAUAUUCAACUUCUCUGUUUCCAUCUCUGGCUUUUAAACAAGGCGUCUCAGUGCGUCACUGUGGCUCUAUUUGCCUUGUCGUUGACUGCCCCCUAGUGGCUUUUUAAACAGGGUUUCUUAUACUGAUCAGAUGGUUGCAAAAGCUACUCAUCCAACAGUAGUUAAACCAGCUGCAGAGUUCCUUUUCUAGUGAGUAGCCUUGUGUUAAUUAAGUCUUCCCAGUGCCACAAGUUUGCUCCACAAGGCUGAAAUAUCACCACUUUGUAAUGGAAAAGGUACAAAAGCCAUUUCUGUAGUGUAACGAGACCAAACACUGUUUGUGUAAUGCAAGUGUCAGUGCCAAGAUUUUAAUGCUGGGCUGCUAUUAAGCCCAGUUGUUUGUAGCUUUGGAAUACUGUGGCCAUGCUACUCCAAUUGUGGAAACAUAUGCCUACGUGAGACCAACCCUUUUAUAAAAGCCACUUGUCUUUUCUAUUACAAUACGUCUGUUGUUUUUUUUACAAAGGGAUUCAAAAUAGCAAACUCCAACAUGGAGUCAUUUUUUUUAAGUUUGAGCCUGCGUUUUAUAGGAAAACUCGUUUUUUUCAAGGUUUUUUGUAAAAAAGAAAAGAAAAAAGAAAGAAACAAAGGCAAAGACUACUUGUUUCAAUGUUGUAUUGUGUUUUAAGUUGCCUUCCAAUUGUAAAAAAUGUGAAAUAUGACAAAGUAUAUUUUUAUAACGUGUCGGCUAAUGUGACGAAAAUUUAGAAAGGACAAAAAAAAAAAGAAAAAAGCCAGACUUCUUGAAUAUAAGUAUUUAAUAAUUGUAUGUUGUUGUACCCUCCGGGCUGUAUUUUAAUAAACAGUCUCACUCCUUUUCCUACAUGGUUCUGAGAUCUGCUGAACACCUGUGUGUGGGGAGACAAAGUGGCCGAAGGACGUGACAGGAUGAUUCCUUUGGCACAACAGCAAACUAAGAGAAAGUGCAAAUGCUGACACGCUGACACGCUCUGUCCCUGAUUUUUAAACCCUCCUCUGUCAGAACAACAUCUUUACCCAAAGAGCUGAAACAAACCACAACCAUUGUGAUGCUGUAUGAUGUGAUAUAUGUAAAAUAAGUACAACAUCAACCCGUCAACAUGUUACUGUAAUCCCAAUUCAAACGAGCGAAGGAGAAUUUUUUGCCAAAUUGUCGGAAACACCACGUUUAUACGCUUACAUGCACAGAACUGCCACUCUGUCUGUUUCGUUUAAACAUUUAAACUAUGUUGUUCAUUUUAGCGUGUCGGCUUUAGACGGAGAUUGAAAGUGAAAGUGUGUUAAGAGACGACAAGGUGAAAAUAACAGACUGUAAAAAUGUUAUACUUUGUUGUAUCGUCUAAUUCCUCUUCACUUUCAUCCGUCUAUAUUUUCACACAUUCUCCUCUGGUUGAGACAUUUUUGAGGGGGGUAGUGAGGCCUUUUAGGUGUGGCAACGGUCGUCAUAAAUCACCAGUGGCUCUUCAUUCAGGGCGCUCCCCACAGCAGAGACUGACACUGGCUCCUCUGACGCAACUAAGAAUCCAAUAAGUCAUGAACAAAGUUGCUCAAAUGAACUCCAAACUAUUGAAAGAGAAGGAAACAAGAAUGGAGAAUGAAUAGAUAAGAUAACACAUAAUGUUGUUGGGAGUUUUAAGGAAAUGCAUGGCCCUGAAUCUCCAAAUAUUUUAUCUUGUGUGGCUAAAACUGUUGUUGUUUUUUAAAGGGGAAAGUACGUCAUUCUGGCAGCUAUUCAGGUUAGAAAAUGUCACUAGUAUGUGUUUGUCUCACCCUGGUCUCCACUGAGAAACAGAAAUUACCUUUUUCUUGCUACUUUUUGCGACCAAAUAUCAAAAGGCACGGGUCUUUUUGUUCGACGAGGUGCGACAAUGCCUCAUGAGAUAGGAUUCAUUUAUUCAUAUUUAUUCACUCUGAUACCGAAUGGCUUUUAAAAGAAACGGAAACAGGCACGAGGUUUGUGAACUUUGUGCAACGCCGUAUGGGACAAUAAUAAACGGUUGAUAUUUACGGUACUUAGUCGACGUGUUAUCAAAUGUCACUAAGGACAAACGACACAAAUGAUUGACCUCUGAUAAUCGGCUGUGUCUCAAAAACAUAAUAUAUAUUCAGUCAUUCAGGUUUACACCCCGUUAGAGGCAAAGGCAUUUUAUUUGUAAGAGUACUUUGCUAAUAAAUUUAACUCUUACAAGAUGUGAAAGAAUAUAGGUAUUCAAUGUUUUUUUCGCAAUGUUCCUCAAAAAAAAGAGAGAAAAGACAUACAUGUAGAAAGACAAGAGACAAACAUGUCCUCUGAGUGCAUCAGACACACACCUUAGUCGGAGACAGUAAUUAUAUUUAAGUGCAGGUGUGAUGCUGCCGUUCACAGACCUAAACAGGAUGUGUGUGUUUAACAGCGUUGGAACAAUAUUGACAGAAAUGAUCAUUCCCCUGUUAUUCAAUGUGUAUUUAUACAGCUAAAGAAUCAACACCGUGGAUACGUCAGUGUUCAUGUCGUCUGUCUGCGUAAAAAAAAGUGAGGCCUUGUUGUUCGCCCUCCAUCUUUCUCGAUGUGACAGUGAAACCAGUCGUGUUACCAGUGCAAACGAACUCAAACAUGCAUUUGUGUUCCUUUUUGUGUGUGCAUCCUUUUUUGUAUUCCUUUUGUAAAAAAAAAAUGUACAUUUCUUUCAGUGCCAUUCAUGGUCUCUCCCCUCCUGGCAAUUUUGAUGAAUAUGUUUUGAUUUGCAUGUGUAAAGAGCUAUUUUCCUACAAAAAUAAAUGACAAAUACAUAUUGAAUUUAAGUCUCGGGCCU